CGCGUUCCCAUUGGCCGAGUCGCUCCGGGCCAGUCCCGCCUCUGAUAGGCUGUCCCUGGUCACGUCACGGCUAUCAGCUGUUGGAGCUCCACAACAACAACAAAGAAGAAUCAGGCCGCGGAGGAAACUUCACCUUUUAUACUUGAACAUCAUUUUAUUUCUUCCGAGAAGAAACAUCCGGGUUCUGUUGGUCCUGAAGAACCGCCUCUACCUCAGCUUCAGGGAUCCAAAGCGGACUCGCCUUCUUCUUCUGCGGCAGCAGGGUUUUUGAUUUAUCGACUCGUUGCCUCGACCUUGACGCUGAGCGAUGUCCAUCCUGCGUCUGCUGACCCUCAGAUGAUCGCUGACCACACGCUGUUGUUGCACUUUACCUUUCUGGAGCCUUCCUGCCGCCGUGAAUCCCGCAGCUGAUGACCAAAGUGCCCGCCACGCCUCCCCGCCAUCGCCCCGUGCCGCGUGCCCUCCCCAACCCCUCCCUCAUUCUCCCGCCCCUGCAGGACGUCCAGCCGGGAUGUUUCAGAGGUUCACCAGCGCUCUGUUCGGGGAUGAGGAGCUGAGCCGAAGCAGCGAACCUGGAGACAGCAAAGAGGAGGAAGAGGAGGAGGAGGAGGAGGAGGAGGACUGGAUCCUGGUCAACUACCUGGCUGAAGCCUGCUCCGGUCAGCAUGGUGACGGCCUCUCUGGAUCCUCUGGUGCUCGUGAAGAGGAGGAGGAAGACGAUCUGGUGAUGAUACCCUCUCCGAUGGCCAGCCCCCCCAUCCGCUACGCCUCCUGCACCUCCCUCAACUCCACGACUGACACUGACCCGGAUGGCGGAGCCGAGGAGGAUGAAGAGGACGGGGAUGAAGAAGAGGGCGGCUUCCAGCGCCUGGACGCCUGCUCUCUGGAGGAGAGCUGGUUUGUCACCCCCCCACCCUGCUUCACCGGCCGCAGCCGCCGGCCCGUCCUCCUGGAGACCAGCCCUCUGGAGAACCUGCUGAUCGAGCACCCCAGCAUGUCCGUCUACACCCACCACAGCCCCCCUCGGCUGAGCAUCGACCCCCUGCCGCGCUCCCUGGACCGGGAGCUGGACUUUCUGUCCGGCAACGUGCCGGCGACCCCGACCGCCUCGGGGGGGAAGGAGAAGGCCAGACGCACGCUGGACGGCCCACGCCACAGGCCAGAGGUGGCGAUUGUCCCGCGUCGCUCCAGCCUCCACUCCGCCUGCUACGCCGCGGCGCUCUCCGCCCGCUCCGGCCUCGUGCAGCCGCGUUCAGGCGGCGCCGCCCAACGCACCCAGCUGCUGUCCCGCAACGCCCUGCGCCGCCUCAACCUGCUGCGCCCCCCCAAGACCAGCACCAUGCACCUGCACCAGCCGUGCCAGAGACACCUCAACUUCUGAGGCCAGGGCGACCUUCAUCCCCAUCAUCCUCCUCCUCCUCCUCAGCCGUGUGGAAACCCAACCCACACACAUCUCACCAGCAGCGAGUCAUCAGCCCUCGCUUACACACAGCUGUUCCAGAAUCUGAUUGGACGGUGAAAAGGGAAACCGGCUGGUGAUUCCUCCUCCUUUUAUCAAUUCAUGUUGCACCUCCUGCUCCUCAUCCGUCCAUCCUGUGAAAGAGAGGGUUAUGUGUUCCCACCUCACAUUCUCUGUGGCCAAUCACAAUGAGCGGCCGUUGGGACGUCCUCCUCCUCCUCUUCUUCUCCUUCUCCUCCUCUUCUUCUCUUUCUCCUCCUUGUUCUUUAUGAGUCGGUGCUGUGGGUCACUUUACUCAGUGGCAGGUUCACAUCGUGGCUCCGUCGGGCGGCUCUCUGGGCAACUUGACGUUUCAGACCCUGCAUCACCUGAACCUGUGCCCUUUAAUCAGCGGGGGGGUCUAGUGUCCACACGUUGAACACAGCACUCGGGUCUGAGACGUGUGAGUUAAAAGAGGCUGAAUCACAACUUUAAAGGGAAAGUCUCCUCAAAUAGUCCGGACACUGCUACACUUCCUGUUCCUUCGAGCAGGAAAGGACACGCCCACUCCUUCAUCCUGGAACCAGAGCUGCUCGGAGAUGAAUCAUUAUCACAUAACAUUCUUUAAUUCAGAGCAAAAACUAAUAUUAGAAAACGGGAAAAAACUACUUUCAGUGCCUCUUCUUGAAAAUCUGAUUUGCUUCAAACUCUGAAUUCGCUUCGUGAUUUGCUUUAAGUCCGACCGUCACAAACAUGUAGUGAGUCGCUGCUUGUUGAGAGACGCCACCACGUCCUCUCGUGACGUAGUAGAUGUAAAACCCGUCUCCACAGUGUUUCCCAAAGGUUCGGGUCUUUUGAGGAGACUUUCUUUUUCGUUUUCCUCGUGUGAUCCUGCCGCGCCGCUCGGACCUGCCUCUGACUUUGUAAUUCAGUAGUUUUCACAAUAUCUUUCUGAUAGAAGAAAAAAAGACAGUAAAAUUUACUGGGUUAAAUAUCACUAAACGCCUUGUUUUAACGGUAGCUUUCAGAUGAAUAGAAAUAUAAAAAAAAUUAUUUAAAAAAAAACUUCCAAAAUAUUUUUUGAAAAGAAAAAAACAUAUUACAUAUCAGUAUGAAGUUGGUUUAUGUGUGUCCAUGGUUUCGGUGUGUGUGGUGACGUUCAUGUGUUGCAUGGUUGUAGAGUUGUGUCAGUGUGUCAGAGUCACGACGGCUGAAACACAAAAUGGAAAAAGAUGAUUUGUUCUUUUGCUCUUAAAUGAAUCUGCAGUUCACUUCUCAGGGUCACAACCAAUCACUUACACUUAAGGAAAAUGCAGAUUUACUUGACAGCUGAUGAUUCUUCUUUGUGUGCUCACACUUUUCCCCUCGUGGGAGUAUUGACUUUUAAUUUGAUGUCUGGGAAACGAACCCUGGUCCCAGGUCUGUGAAAAGAGGCUUGAUGCUCAGUUGACAGUUGGAAAUCCAUCGAGAUGGAGAGAAAAAUGUUUGUCUUUAUAUAUCUAUAGAUAUAUAGAUUGCUCGAGUGUACUUAUAACAUAGUUUUAGAAAUGUAUUUUAAUGCUUUUUAUUUGUUUUAUUUCCAUGUUAACUUAGUUACAUUUUCACAAACUGUUUAAAAUAUUUAAACCAAAAAGUAGCAGUGACCUUUAAGCUUUCACUAGUUGAUCUUACUGAUGUUCUUUUGGGUUCUUUGUUCUUUAGUUGUUUAGUUGUUUAUCUUGUAAUUGUUAACAGCUCUCGGUCUAGUGGCUCUGAAUCAGUGGCGGAGCGGGUUUAGUGGCCGCUGUAAGGAAAGUGGAGCCCGGGCCGAGUCCCACACUGCAGCUGAACAGAGGAAUCCACUCUUCUGUGUGAGGAGAAGAAGAACAGACGACAGAACUGAACACGAACACGUCCAGAGUAACGACUUCCUGUCAGACUAUAACACAAAUACUUUAUUCAUCACUUGUUUUGAAUGAUUUGUGGAAGUGAUGGACUGAGUCUCACAUGGUUUGUGCUCCUGAAUGAUCUGAAGCUUCAGUGUUUCACAGGUGUCCACCGACCUGUCGUCUCAAACAGGAAAAAAAACUCAAUGUUGAUGUUGGACUUUCGGGAAUUGAUCCCCUCUCCUGUGCUGUGUGAUUCUGGGAUCAGCUGAGAUCGGUUUCUCGUGACGGAGACGUUUCUGCAGUGUGGCAGCUGAAUGUCUGAAUCUGGCGGCCUCAGCUGAUUGGACGGUAGCGUUUAUAACAACGCACUAACACACGCUUGUUAGGCGUCCGUAGAGUUCGCUGUAAAUAAUCGUAAUGAUGGUGGAGUGGUUCUUUCUCUGGUGUGUUUGAGCUUUUCUUUUCUCGAAUGUCUCCCUCUGUUUUCGAGCUUUGCAAUCAUGGACGAUGUCAUGUUGUGUUUCUGUUGAUUUGCAGCAGACUUUAGGACAGAAGGGAUCAGAGGAGUCAGUCAGGAGCCUCUCAGAUUGGACUUGUAGUUUCUGUUCUCGCCAUCAUCAUCAAACUAACAGGGAUUUGUGAUGUUUUUCUUUUUGUUUGAUGCCUUGAACUUUGUGGAUCAUGUGCCUUCCAGGUUGAAAUGUUGUAAUGACAAUGCAUCAAUGAAGAACUUGAACUCUUUUUUUUUUUUUUUUAUAUGCAGACACACAAACAGACGUCAGAAACCAACUAUGCACCACUUGAUCGCUGUGUACGUCUUUUAUAUUGACUCAACAACCAGACAGAUGAUGUAGCAACACCUCCUUUCUCCUCUUGUUUAUUUAAAGAAAAGUGUGAAGAAUAUUUUGCGGCAUUUUUUUUUCUCCAAGUGUUAGACAAUUGUUUUGCUUUUUUUUGUGUAGUUUACUGGAAUAAUACAGCACUUUGCCAAAAACAAAAAAAAGUUUAGGAAUUUUAGGUUAAUGUUUUAUUUAUCUACAUAUCUGUUCUCCUUUUUUAUGUGUGAAUGAUGGAUUAUCUAAUGUCAGAAACAAAAAAAGAAUGCUAAUUAUAGAGCGGGGGUCAUCUGUUAUUGAACUGUAAUAGUUAACACAUGUGAUCUCUUACUAGCCCAUAAUAAAUGUUUUCAUACACAGCU